CGCAGACCUGCGGAGCCUGCGGCCGGCGGAAGGGUGGCCGUAGGAGGAGGAGAAGAGAGGAAAUGAAGAGAAAGAACUGAAAUAGCUCCUUCCAGAAGAAAAGGGAAACAAGUUCAGCAGCAGACGCCCAGUCUUACAAAGCAGCAGCCCUGCCUGGGAGCAGGGUGGUGGCCAGGGCAAUGGUGGGAGCCCUGAAGAUGCCCCAUGGCUGCUGAGGGGGCCGCCCGGUCAGGGAGCAGAGUGGUGGGCAUGGUGAGCAGCCUCUGGGUCCUGGGACUGGCGUCCUCAGUUCUGGCUCUAGAAGAGGUGCUGCUGGACACCACCGGAGAGACAUCUGAGAUUGGCUGGCUCACCUACCCACCAGGUGGGUGGGAUGAGGUGAGCGUUCUGGAUGACCAGCGACGUCUGACUCGGACCUUCGAGGCAUGCCACGUGGCAGGGGCCCCUCCAGGCACGGGGCAAGACAACUGGCUGCAGACACACUUCGUGGAGCGACGGGGAGCGCAGAGGGCGCACAUCCGACUGCACUUCUCCGUGCGGGCAUGUGCCAGCCUGGGCGUGGCCGGAGGCACCUGCCGGGAGACCUUCACACUUUACUACCGCCAGGCAGAGGAGCCCGAUGGCCCCGAUGGCAUUUCCUCCUGGCACCUCAAACGCUGGACCAAGGUGGACACCAUCGCAGCAGACGAGAGCUUCCCGGCCUCCUCGGCGUGGGCCGUGGGCCCGCGCGGCGCCGGGCAGCGGGCUGGGCUGCAGCUAAAUGUCAAAGAGAGGAGCUUCGGCCCCCUCACCCAGCGCGGCUUCUACGUGGCCUUCCAGGACACGGGGGCCUGCCUGGCCCUCGUGGCGGUCAAGCUCUUCUCCUACACCUGCCCCUCCGUUCUGCGCGCCUUCGCCUCCUUCCCUGAGACGCAGGCCAGUGGGGCCGGUGGCGCCUCUCUGGUGGCCGCCGUGGGCACCUGUGUGGCUCACGCAGAGCCAGAGGAGGAUGGAGCCGGGGGCCAGGCAGGGGGGAGCCCCCCCAGGCUGCACUGCAAUGGGGAGGGCAAGUGGAUGGUGGCCGUUGGGGGCUGCCGCUGCCAGCCAGGGCACCAGCCAGCCCGUGGAGACAAGGCCUGUCAAGCCUGCCCUGAGGGCUCCUACAAGGCGGUGGCUGGGAACGCCCCCUGCUUGCCCUGCCCAGCCCGCAGCCACGCCCCCAAUCCUGCGGCCCCUGUUUGCCCCUGCCUUGAGGGCUACUACAGGGCCAGUUCGGACACCCCAGAGGCACCCUGCACUGGCCCGCCUUCGGCUCCGAGGGAGCUUUGGUUCGAGGUGCAAGGCUCAGUGCUCAUGCUGCACUGGCGCCUGCCUCAGGAGCUGGGGGGUCGAGGGGACCUGCUCUUCAAUGUCGUGUGCAAGGAAUGCGGAGGCCACCAGGAGCCUGGCACGGGCAUCCCGGGCGCUUGUCGCCGCUGCAGGGAUGAGGUGCACUUCGACCCCCGCCAGAGGGGCCUGACUGAGAGCCGAGUGUUAGUUGGGGGGCUCCGGGCACAUGUGCCCUACAUCUUGGAGGUGCAGGCUGUGAACGGGGUCUCGGAGCUCAGCCCCGACCCUCCCCAGGCUGCCGCCAUCAAUGUCAGCACCAGCCACGCAGUUCCCUCUGCAGUUCCUGCAUUGCACCAGGUGAGCCGGGCGUCCAAUAGCAUCACAGUAUCCUGGCCACAGCCAGACCAGACUAACGGGAAUAUCCUGGACUAUCAGCUCCGCUACUAUGACCAGGCAGAAGAUGAAUCCCACUCCUUCACCCUGACCAGCGAGACCAACACGGCCACUGUGACACAGCUGAGCCCUGGCCACAUCUAUGGCUUCCAGGUGCGGGCACGGACUGCCGCAGGCCAUGGCCCCUACGGGGGCAAGGUCUAUUUCCAGACGCUGCCUCAAGGUGAGCUGUCCACCCAGCUGCCCGAGAGACUCUCCUUGGUAAUUGGGUCCAUCCUGGGGGCCUUGGCUUUCCUCCUGCUGGCGGCCAUCACCGUGCUGGCUGUUGUGUUUCGGAGGAAGCGGCGUGGGACGGGCUACACAGAGCAGUUGCAGCAGUACAGCAGCCCAGGGCUUGGGGUGAAGUAUUACAUCGACCCCUCCACCUACGAGGACCCCUGCCAGGCCAUCCGAGAGUUUACCAGGGAGGUGGAUCCUGUAUAUAUCAAGAUCGAGGAGGUCAUCGGGGCAGGCUCCUUUGGAGAAGUGCGCAGGGGCCGCCUGCAGCCCCGGGGACGGCGGGAGCAGGCCGUGGCCAUCCAGGCCCUGUGGGCUGGAGGCGCUGAGAGUCUCCAGAUGACCUUUCUGGGACAGGCUGCAGUUCUGGGCCAGUUCCAGCACCCCAACAUCCUGCGGCUGGAGGGCGUGGUCACCAAGAGCCGGCCCCUCAUGGUGCUGACGGAGCUCAUGGAGCUAGGCCCCCUGGACAGCUUCCUCAGGCAGCGGGAGGGCCAGUUCAGCAGCCUGCAGCUGGUGGCCAUGCAGCGGGGAGUGGCCGCGGCCAUGCAGUACCUGUCCAGCUUCGCCUUCGUGCACCGUGCCCUCUCUGCCCACAGCGUGCUGGUGAACAGUCACCUGGUGUGCAAAGUGGCUCGUCUCGGGCACAGUCCUCAGGGCCCAAGCUGUAUGCUUCGAUGGGCAGCCCCAGAGGUCAUCGCUCACGGAAAACAUACAACGUCCAGUGACGUCUGGAGCUUUGGGAUAGUCAUGUGGGAAGUGAUGAGUUAUGGAGAGCGGCCCUACUGGGACAUGAGUGACCAGGAGGUGCUAAAUGCAAUAGAACAGGAGUUCCGGCUUCCCCCACCUCCAGGCUGCCCUCCUGGACUACAUCUGCUUAUGCUAGACACUUGGCAGAAGGAUCGUACCCAGAGGCCCCAUUUUGACCAGCUGGUGGCUGCAUUUGACAAGAUGAUCCGAAAGCCAGAUACUCUACAGGCUGACGGGGGCCCUGGGGACAGACCUUCCCAGGCCCUUCUGAACCCCGUGGCCCUGGACUUUCCUUCUCUGGACUCACCCCAGGCCUGGCUUUCGGCCAUUGGACUGGAGUGCUACCAAGACAACUUUACCAAGUUUGGCCUCUGCACCUUCAGUGACGUGGCCCAGCUCAGCCUGGAAGACCUGCCUGCCCUGGGCAUCACCCUGGCCGGCCACCAGAAGAAACUGCUACACAACAUUCAGCUCCUGCAGCAGCAUCUGGCGCGGCCGGGCUCAGUGCAGGUCUGAGGCCUGGGCUCCUGCGCGGGUGAUGCCCUGACAGGCCUGGACGUACGUCCCAGGAGCCACAUGCAACGCGAGAGCCCAUCUCCAUCUCAGCCUCCUCCAGAGGUGCCUGCCACACUACACCCAACCCCUGGACUCUUGGCUCCCUAGUCCUCCUCUGCCCUCCUCCGCCCCCCCCCCCCC